AUGACCGACAGUGUGGACGUCGACGCUUUGAGCGCCGAAGAGGUCCAUGCGCUUAACCGCUUCGUCCGGGACACCGUUUCUUGUUCCGGGAUCCCGGGGCUGGCUGUGACGCUUGUGCGGGGGGACGAGUCGGUCUUCUCCCGAGGGUACGGACACGCGGAAAUAGAAGCAGGCAAACAGGCGACGGAACACUCUAAAUUCUGUAUUGGUUCCCUUACUAAGGCGUUCACGAGUGCAGUAUUAGCAGAUAUCCUCUCAAAGAACCAAAGCGUUACCUGGGAUACCAAGGUCAAGGACAUCCUAGGCGACCGUUUCCAUUUGAGUGACCAACUGCGGACAGACCACGUGACACUACGUGACCUUCUGGCCCACAAAGUGGGUACGCCCUCGUACUUCCACGCGCUGCUCGUUGGCUUCCCGGAAAACAUGUCCAGGUCGGACCUUGUCGGUAAGUUGCAAUUCAUGCCUGCAACCGACGAGUUGAGGACCAAAUUCCACUACAGCAACUACAUGUACAUGCUGGCCGGUCACAUUGCUGAAGUGCUCACCGGGGAGUCAUGGGAAGCGCUGGUGGACGAAAGGCUCCUGCGGCGCCUAAAUAUGCUGGACACCGGGUUCGUGGAUCGCGCGGGAAGCCUGGAGGAGAUAGUUACGCCAUACGUUCUACGCAACGGAAAACACGUGCCUGUCGACAAGAACCUGCUUCUGUCGGUAGCCCCUUCCGGUCCCGCGGGGUCCGUGUACUCGACGGCGAGCGACAUGGCGCGCUGGAUGCUGUUUCACCUCCGUCAGGGGAGGAACGCGCAUGGCGCCUCGCUCGUGCACUCAGCGUGGCUGGAGGAGACCUACCAUUCCCAGAUGACCCACCCGUUUGAGGAGAAGGAUCUUAACCGCCCUAUCUUUCCCAUCAGUGAUGUGACCUUGUCCUACAACAUGGGCUGGAUGACGUCAGAAUACAGAGGCUACCGUAAGCUGUGGCACUCCGGCGGCAUUGUGACUUUCACGAGUCAGUUGUGGUUGUUUCCGGGCAUGCGCAGUGGGGUGUUUGUCGCCUCAAAUGGACCCCUCACCACCAGGGGAUCCGCCGCUCUCAAGACGAUAGCCGCGUUCGCAUCUGACCUCCUUCUUCGGGAGAAGCCGUGGUUAAAUGUCAGCACCGCCUGCUCCUUCCCGGCGCCCUGGGAGCCUGCACCAGAGGUUCCGGAAGCCGUCACAUUGCCGCCCUACGCGUGGAACAUCACCCGACCUCGCAGUCACUACACCGGGAAAUACGGAAACAUGGGAUUUGGGCGCAUCGUGGUUGAACCGGAAGAAGAUAAACUGAUGCUGAGAUAUGGAAGGUUCGGGAAAAUGGCCAUACAUCCUGUAAAUGACGAAGAGUUUCGCGGUGUUUACGUCGAUAAACUGUGGUUCAUUACAAACUCAGACGGGAAUGUCAAACGUAUUCCUGUAACAUUUGUUCUUCAAGGUGGUCAAGUGACGGGCUUAUACAUGCCUGUGGAUUUCGAGAGCGCAAAGACUCUCUUUUUAAAGGGGGCAGAUUUUAAUCACACAAAUUCUGCGACUUCCCUAGAAAAUACCUCGUUUUGUUGCGAGGUCAUAACGGAAAUUGAACGUUAA